UUUAGCUGUAAAUAUUUACUCGAAUGACAAAGAACGACCCUGUGUGACACAAUAAGUACACAGGAGAUACUGGACGGCGGAAGAAGUUCCAGUGGCAACAUUGGACCAUGUGUUCUCAUUUAGUCUCAGUACUGGUUAUGUUUUGAUGACUAAAGCCUGUGUUAAACGUUGUCUUCUGUUUCGAACCUGUAUCAUCAGCGCGUGUAUCAAUAUUGUUGUUGCAGGCGCAACCGUCAUCAGAACGAACUGCAAUAACCUUCGUGUGUUUACCAAUUUAAUAACAGAUGGUAUAGAACUUAGUCUGAAGAACAGAACAGUUAUGUUGGGAGACUCGGCCACCUUCAGACUGAGGCUACGUGAUGACACUGAGGAGGCCGGUGAGUGGACCAGAGACGACGUCACACUAACUCAUUCCGACAAAACACAGAUCUCUAUCAAUGGAAAGGGCCGUCAGCUGACUGUCACAGAUGUCCAUCCUCCUGACACAGGGGAAUAUGCUUACAGAGUGGGGGAGGAAAUGACAUCAGCCCACCUGUCAAUAAAUGAAGCAUAUUGCUUCGGUUCUGUUCUACACCCUCCUCCACCACCGAUCAUACCAAUAUGACCUGCGAGGCAACAAAAUGAAGAUCAUGACAGAAGAAUAUUUUCCUGCAACUCGGGACACAAGUGUUGGCUUCCAUUGUCUAUUGCUAAUCACCUAUCAGCGCCAAUCAUCUGUUGGCUUCCUUUGUAAGCUUCUACCUUCUGUUGGCUUCCCUUGUUAGU